CUCUCUCUCUCUCUCUCUCUCUGCUGAAUGAGUUGCGGACCGACAGACACUCAGACAGAGCAGCGGACAGCGUAGCUGACACGAAGAGAUCCCACAGAAAGACCGAAACUUGAACACCGCGUACUGGUGCGCAGAUCGGACAAGAGCCACAAUAACUGCAGCCGUCUUUCGUUUCAGCAUCUGGGCAAUCUUUUUUGUAAUGCUAACUGUUCUCGGUUUCCUUGCGCAGCGAUGUCUUCCAACCCGCCGCUCCCCCUUGCAUCUCACACCCCUCCCGGGCUCCCUCCCCGGGGGGCGCCGCCGCCGCUGAUCCAGCUCCAGGUCGGACUGUUCCGGGAGCUCGUCUCUAUCCCGCGGCCGCAGCUCUCCUUCAGCGCCGUCAAGAAGCUGGCCUUGGAGAUAAUCCAGAAGAAGGCUCCGGAGAGUGGUCUCCUGGCUCUGGAUGAUAAGAUCCUGCUGUUCCGACACGCCCCGAGCUCGGAGAACAUCCUCCAGCGGUUGGGUGGGAGCGACGCGAUCCGCGAAGGGGACCUCAUAGAGGUGGUGCUGUCAGGCUCCGCCUCCUUGGCUGUGUUGAAGCUCCGCCCCCACGUCCUGGCUGUCCACUCGUAUCGCUCGCCUACUUUCUGCCAUCACUGCGGAGAGAUGCUGUGGGGACUGGUGCGCCAAGGGUUAAAAUGCGAAGGCUGUGGUCUGGACUUCCACAAGCGCUGUGCCUUCAAGAUCCCCAGUAACUGCAGCGGACCCCGACGGAGGUGUGGACCCAGCCUCUCCCUCAUCCCCACGGGCCGAAGCAGAGCCGCCUCGCUGAGCACCCAGACAGGGGGCAGCCUGGAGGAGAUCAGCCGGUCGAAGCCGAGCCGUCGCUCCAGGGCCCCCUCGUGGGGGGGGCGUCCCGUCUGGGUGGAUCAGAGGGAGCCGACCCGGGUUCAAGUGCCGCACAGAUUCCACAUUCGCACAUACACGCGCCCCACUGUGUGCCAGCACUGCCAGAGACUGUUGCUGGGGCUUUUCAGGCAGGGCCUGCAGUGCUCAGACUGCAAGUUCAACUGCCACAAACGUUGCCUGCCUCUGUUGCCCAGCGACUGUGUGGGAGAGAGAGGCUCCUUCAAUGGGGAAGUUGCAGAUGCUGAAAUGACCUCCUGUCCGUCCUUUGAUGCAGAGGGGGAUCUAGACCCGCCCUUCCACAGCACCCUAUUGGUGGAUUUGGACGAGCAGCCCAGCUUUGAGCAAGACCCAUUUCCUGAGCCUGGGGGGGCGGAGCUACAGCCACCAAUCAGCCCGUGCUUCAGCAGUAACAUCCCUCUGAUGCGGGUGGUUCAGUCUGUGAGGCACACCAAGAGAAGGGGCAGCGUCGUGCUGAGGGAGGGCUGGCUGCUGCACUGCACUUCCCAGGACCUGCUGAGAAAGUGGCACUACUGGCGUCUGGACAGCAAGUGCAUCACUCUCUUUCAGAAUGAGAGCACGGCCAAGUACUACAAGGAGUUGCCCCUGUCUGAGAUCCUGCAGGUGUGCAGUGCUGAGGAGUUAUCCGUCCUGCCAGCAGGGGGCAGCACUCAUUGCUUCGAGCUGGUCACAGACACCCUGGUCUACUGCGUGUCCGAGAGCAGGCCGCAUUCAGCACAGGGCAGCAAAGCCUCAGACCCCAGGGCCUGGGAGAGGGCAAUCCGUCAGGCACUGAUGCCCUUCCACAUGCCCUCCAGCACGGGCACAGAAGGGCAGGUUUCCGACAUGCAAACCCAGGAGAAUACGGACUUCGGCAGUGUCUACCAGAUCUUUCCUGAUGAGUUAUUAGGAUCAGGCCAGUUUGGAAUAGUCUAUGGAGGUAAGCACAGGAAAUCCGGCCGCGACGUUGCCGUCAAAGCUAUCGACAAGGCCAGGUUCCCCAGCAACCAGGAGAGCCAGCUGAGGAACGAGGUGUCCAUCCUGCAGAGCUUGCAUCACCCAGGGGUGGUGACCCUGCAAGGCCUGUUCGAGACGGUGGACCACUUGUUCGUUGUCAUGGAGAAGCUCCAGGGGGACAUGCUGGAGAUGAUCCUGUCCAGCGAGCGGGGGAGGCUGCCGGAGAGGAGCACGCGCUUCCUGGUCACACAGAUUCUGGAAGCGCUGAGAUACCUCCACUUCAAGAACAUCGCGCACUGUGACCUCAAACCAGAGAAUGUGCUGCUGGCAUCCGCCGACCCCUUCCCACAGGUGAAGCUGUGCGAUUUCGGCUUCGCCCGGAUCAUCGGCGAACGGUCGUUCCGUCGGUCAGUCGUGGGCACGCCGGCUUACCUGGCCCCCGAGGUGAUCCGCAGCCACGGGUACAACCGCUCCCUGGACAUGUGGUCCGUGGGCGUGGUCCUGUAUGUGAGCCUGAGCGGCACCUUCCCCUUCAACGAGGACGAGGACGUGGGCGAGCAGAUCCAGAACGCCACCUUCAUGUACCCGGAGCAUCCCUGGAGCCUAGUCUCCCAGCACGCCAUCGAUCUGAUCAGCAACCUGCUGCAGGUGACGGUGCGCCGGAGGUACAGCGUGGACAAGGCUCUCGGUCACACCUGGCUCCAGGAUUUCCAGCUCUGGUUGGAUCUGAGGGAGUUGGAGACCCGACUGGGUCGGCGCUACCUCACCCACGCGAGCGAUGAGGCUCUGUGGCAGAGCCACGCUGCAGAGAGAGGCCUGGCACACCCAGCGCACUUCAUCACAGAGCAGAGAGACAGCGAAUAAACCAGCUUCAUCACAGAGCAGAGACUGUGAAUAAACCAGCUUCA